ACCGGCUCCGGCCCAAACCGACCGGUCAUUCCAAACCCUCGCAUCCAAGCCGCCUCCACCCCUCCGCGGAUCUCCCAUCCAUGGCCGCCGCCGCCCCGGCCCGCAGGCUGCUCCUGCGCCUGCGCCUCCCACUCCCCCUCUGCAACCCGCCGCCGGCCCCCGUCCCGCUCCUCCCCCACCUGCUGACGCCGCACCUCCACCCGCAGCCACCGCCGCCGGCGCCUCCGCUCCCGGACCCGAAGCUCCGUGACCUCCUCUUCGCCUUCCACCCUGCAGUGCACACAUACCCGUCCCUCGUCGACGUCCCGAGAGGAGGACCGGGCGGCCGCGACGCGCGGGAGGACGGAGGGGAGGCCAAGGAGCCGGAGGUGUGGGCGGACAGCGUCAAGAAGAAGCGCAAGCGCAAGAUGAACAAGCACAAGCUCCGCAAGCUCCGGAAGCGCCUCCGCCGCCAGACCUGAGCUCAUGGAUCCCGGUUUGAGGAUUGUGAUUGCAAGGAGGUUCUCCGGUGCCGCUGCCACACCGGUUUCAAGCUGAUGGUUUCUUCCAGUUAUUUUGGUUUGGUUAUAGGAGUAGCAGUUCUGGUACCAACAAAGCAAUUGCUGCGGCUGGGCACGUACCUGCAAACACUGUAAUGACAAGGAGCCAGGAACGGGCUGUUUCAUGUCUGGAUUUCUGGCAAAUAAAGCUUCAAAUGCCGGUCUAACUAAUUUUUACUGUUCUUUCCCCAGAUCGAUGCUAUAACCUCAGUAUACUCGUGCCAGAAGAACUUUGUCUUAAAUAGUUCAUGAGUUGCCCUGAA